UGCAUUAUGACCUUGACCGCGACCAGCCGCGCAAUGCUCCAUGGUGAGCUCAUGCUCAUCCUUGCAGCCUUCAAGGACCUGCCAUCAUCGCACGACGACGAUGACGCCAUAGUUGCGGCCGAGCCCUCGACCGAGCCCGAGGUCCGCGCCGAGUGCUGCUGCAUUUGCCUCGAAGCUAUGCCAUCCGCGGUCGCGACCGAGCCGAUUGAGGUGCCUGAAACAGCGCAAGUGGCCUUGAGUUGCGGUCACGCCUACUGCAAAGGUUGCAUCCAAGCCUACGUAGCCUCCAAGAUCGACACGCGCGAGGUGCAAGGGACGCAGCUCACGUGUCCCGUCCUGGAUUGCCGCCGGGCGUUGGACGCAAUGGACAUUCUUCGCACGACGACCGAAGCCGUGUUUCUCAAGUACUUGCACUUUACAGCGUCGAUCGAGUUUGAGAAGCUGCCGCACGGCCGCCACUGCCCCAAUCCAAAGUGCAACAUUGCGAUCGAGUGCGAUCCGAGUGAGAAGACGUUUGUGUGCCACAAGUGCAGCGCGAGAGGCUGCUUCAAAUGCGGCAACGCGUCGCAUCCGUUUCGGACCUGCAGCCAAGCGCUGGACAGCAUGUACGUGGCAUGGGAAAAGGCGACAAAUGCUUCGUCAAGCACGAAAGCUGUCGCGCCAUGCCCGAGCUGCGGCUACCGCAUCUGGAAGAACGACGGAUGCCAGCACAUGACGUGCCAGAAAUGCCGCCACGAGUGGUGCUGGACGUGCAACAUUACGUGGCGGACGCACAACAACUGGAUGGCGCAACGCUACUGCCACCUUGCCGCCAUCUCGGCCUCACCGCAAUGGGGCCCAUGCCUCCCGAUCCGCGUCGUCACGCAGUCGAUUGCCUUGACGCUAGUCACCGCUGGCGUCUUUGCCGGCGGCGCGAUCGCGGCGGCUGGCCUUGUCGUCGGCAUCCCGCUGGCUCUGCUCUACUUGGUGCCGCGCGAGCUCUAUCGCAAGUGGCGCCGCGGGCGCUUUCAGCGCAAGAAGGUGCAGCUGCACUACCUCGCCGAGAAGGUCCAGCGCGGUACCCACGUCUACGUCCACACGACCGCGGACGAUGUAGUGCUCCCCGACUUGGCAACCACCGGCGACUGGCGCCAUGGAAACGCCGCGUCGCGACAGUAUGUGGCGUACGUCGGUCUUCCCGUCCACGGCAGCUUUGUCGUGUACCUGAGUUCGCGCGACUCGACGCAGCUGGCCGUGACGCCCGGCUACUUUCGAGCCGUGCUCAUGCCCUCGGCAACGGCGACGCUGCCCCCGCCCGAGAUUCUGAACGACCUCGUGCCGUCCACCGCCGAGGAGCGCACACUCACGCUCGUGUACGACGCCGACGCGACAGUGCUGGCCGAGAUGCAGCACGCGGUAUCGACGCUCGAGGCGAUGAACAUUCGCGCGCGCAUCCUUUUUGUGCAGCGACCAGAGACGGCAACGCCGCCAGCGUAUAUGAGCUUGGUCUACACCGCGCUCUUCAAUGCGGCACCGCGACCGUCGGCCUAGUUAGUCGCGGACGGGCCCUUGCGCAGUUGGCAUUUUUCAAUAGCGACAAAUACAAAGUGUACAGAUUUGCUCCAGUA